CUGCCUCCCGGCUCAUAGCCACGGCAUGCGUUAACCUGAACGCGUAGAGUUUCAUAUAUUUACCUAUCCUCAUUAUCUUCCUGGGUAUUGCUAUACAUUGCUAUUCGCCGUGACAGCUCCGCGUCCAGCGUAACAUAGCCGCUGCGAGCAUUUGAAGGAGCGUGUCCCAGUAUGGCGUUGAACUUGGAAGAGCUAGAUACAGAGCUUUCCCGAAUGCGACGGAUGGUUCAGGAAUGGGCGGAGACUCGGAUACGGUUGGCAGCAGACCGCAGGGACCAACACGCUGCAGUUAUGCAAGACCAGACAGAAAAGCUUACACAGAUGGAAGAGCGUAAGCAACAGCUCCACGUGACGGCAGAGAAGACGAACAGACGCCUGCUCAGCGAGCAGCAGGAGCUACAGAGCCUGACGGAGCAGCGGGAGAGAGCAGAAGCGGACGCCAGCACGGCAAAGCAGCGGCGGGACGCAGUUGAGGUGCAGCUGCAGCAAGAGCACAACCAACGCCUCGCUAGAUUGGCAGAGCUGGAGGCCGCUGCGAAGAAGAAGCAGCGUAAGCUUAAUAGCUACAUCCACCUGCUAACAAUGUUCCGGGACCGGCUCUGCAUGGACGUCAGGCCCCUACCAGGCGGUGGCGUGAACAUCGUCAUGACGCACGUGGACGAGAAGGACCACAGCAAGGAGUUCGUCAUUACGGUCCGCAUGGACGACAUGCGCUACUCGGCAAUCCAGUGCAACCCGCCGGUGCCGGGCGUGGAAGAACUCCUGGCAGAGAUCAACAGCACGAACAACCUGGGAAAGGCGAUCAAGGAGAUUCGGUCGCGCUUCGUCCAAAUAGCGCGCCAGUCGCAGGGGCAGUAAAGAGGCACAAGGCGGCUGUGUACAUUAGUCGCGCUUUCCUUUAGACGAAGUACCGGUAGCUUUUGCUUGCAGGAGUGUGUUUGAUGAGUUGGGUUUUAUUCAUGACGAUGCGGGACAAAAUGUGUGCAAACGUGACUUUCAGGUAUGGAGGCUGGUAAAUAGCAACCUCGAGGACCGUUUAUACGAGAUGUGAGGCGGACGUCGGUACGGUGGAAGGUGGCUAGACGCGGAUGACCAACCGCAGCAGGUUAUGCACACCGAUGUGCAAGUUUAUAUGCUAUUAUUCCGUGCACUGGAAUUCAAUUGUUAGCGGACGUGCCAGAGUGGUUUGUCUAUAAUUGCAAGACCCAUACGGUGCCCCGUUGCAGCACUGGUAGCAUCAAUUUGUCAAUCGCGUUUAUUCAGUAGCAUUGAAUAGCUUUAAGGGAGAUAAUAGGCAAAAUGCGCUGCGGAAGCUUGGCAGCGCAUGGCAGGGCGCCGUCAGUGAACUUCACGCGACCAGGGCGACCAGUCAUUGUGGCACCUACAACAGUUCUCAAUUGUCCCUCGCACGUCAAUUGCGGCCAGAAGCGGGCCAGCUCGGUGCGCGUGCAGUCUUCGAUAGAAUUUGUGGAGGGCAUUACCAAGGAGGAAGCAGCAAAGUUCGACAAAAUCGCUGCAUCCCUGGUCGCUAGGUUGGGAAAUGUACAAGACCACUCCCCAGAGGAUGAAGAUGAGGACGAGGAGCUGCUGCCUUUCGGUGCAUCGCCCGAGGAGGUGGCUGCACGGCAAGCCCGAUUGGCGCAGCGCCGCUCCACUGCCGGUAGCGGCAGCAGCAGAAGCAGCGGGAUGGGGUUGUCCCUGGCUGCCGGGCCUGACGGCUACGUUCCCCGCAGCAAGCGGCGAAGGCAAAUCCCGGACGAGUGCCUGCCCAAGGUCGCCAUCGUUGGGCGCCCAAACGUGGGCAAGUCGGCGCUGUUCAACCGCAUUGCGGGGGCGGCUGUAGCAGUGGUGUACGACACGCCGGGGGUGACACGUGACCGGCUGUACACGCGCGCAUUCUGGGGGGACAAGGACUUCAUCAUGAUUGACACGGGCGGCCUUAUGUCCGACGCCACCCGGCUGCCCCCCGACCUGCGCUCCGAGGCCAUGCGGUCCAUCUCGGCGGAGGGGCUGCCGGAGGCCAUUGAGCGGCAGGCGGCAGCAGGUGUUGCGGAGGCUGACACGGUUGUGCUGCUGGUGGAUGGCAAGGCGGGGCUGCAGUCGGGCGACGAGGAGAUUCUGUCCUGGCUGCGGUCGAACCACCCCACCAAGUCGGUGUUGCUGGCGGUCAACAAGUGUGACAACGCGGGCAAGGCGGACGAGAUGGUGGCAGACUUCUGGGGGCUGGGUCUGCAGCCACAUUCCGUGUCGGCCAUCAAUGGCAGCGGCACCGGCGAGUUGCUCGAUGAGAUGGUGCGACUGCUGCCGCCGCCGAGCAGUGGGGAGCAGGACGAGGACAAGGACAGACCGCUGGCAGUGGCGAUCGUGGGUCGACCCAACGUAGGCAAGAGCAGCCUGCUGAACGCCAUCGCGGGUGAGGAGCGCUCCAUCGUGUGUGACAUGAGCGGCACCACCCGGGACGCGGUGGACACGCGCAUCACGCUGCCGGACGGGCAGCGCCUCACGCUGAUCGACACGGCCGGCAUCCGCAAGCGCGCGAGGGUGGCGGACAGCCGCGACGGCGCGGAGGCGAUCUCGGUUGACCGAGCCAUGCGGGCGGUGCGGCGGGCGGAUGUGGCGGUGCUGGUGAUUGACGCGGUGGAGGGGAUCACGCAGCAGGACUUCCGACUCAGCGAGUUGUUCGCGUCGGAGGGCAAGGCGGUGGUGGUGGUGGUCAACAAGUGGGACCGAGUGGACCCGCAGCUGUGGACCGUGGAGAAGAUGGCGGAGAACGUGCGCACGCAGCUGCGACACGUCAGCUGGGCCAGCGUGGUGUGCACUUCGGCGAUAAAUGGUCGCCACGUGGACGACGUGUUGGAGGCGGUGCUGGAGGCGGGGGCGCAGCACGCCCGCCGUGUGCCCACCGCCACCCUCAACAUGGUGCUCAAGGAGGCGACGCAGUGGAAGUCGCCGCCCUCGCAGCGCGGCUCGGGACGCAAGGGGCGCAUCUACUACGGCACGCAGGCCGGCACGCGGCCUCCCUCGUUCGUGUUCUUCGUGAACGAUGAGAAGCUGUUUGCGGACGACUACCGGCGCUACAUGGAGCGACAGCUGCGGGACAACAUAGGUUUCCCGGGGUCCCCGCUGCGCCUCUUCUGGCGCGGGAAGCCCAAACGGGACCACCGCACCCGCCCCUCCUCGGCAUCAUCCGCUACCUCCGCCUCCUCGUGAGGGUUCUCGGCGCCGCAGGGGUGUACUGUGUAACAGGAAUACACAUGGUUAGGGCGCGCUGUGCUUGUGGACGGCACCUUGAGAUGCAGGCUAAGAUGAGCGAUGGAAGGGCAGGGUAGGAGCUGGCGUGUAUGAUGGUGGCAUAGGCCGCGUGGGGCGAUGCGAGUGUGUACUGCGCGUCUAACCCGUGUACAGAUGUACGGCUGUUGCGGCUGGAAGGGACAUGCAGGCCGGGCGGGUUCGGGUGUUGUCGAUGGCCAUGCAUACGGCUUGGCUCCACUGGCUGAUACAAAGUUACUGCAAGCAUAACUGCCGCUGGCGGUAACGCAUCAUGCGAACGCAUCAUGUGUAACAUUCUGUCGCUAUAAACUAAA